UAUGGGUCGUGCUUGAGGACGUAUUUGAAAGGCGGACCGUUGUUUACCGUACCCACCUCGGUGACAGAUGAAUAUCGCGUAUUAUAAUCACUUUUAACUGUCAAUUUGAGUAAAAUGCGACAAACAUGACUAGUAACACCGGUGGUUUGAGACCUCUAUUUCUUACUUUACAACAAUGGUUUCUUAGAUCGAGCUUGCAACAAACUAGGAUGUGUUGUUCAAAGCCAGUUAGUCUUCAUUCUAACAAAGGAAGCAGGGUAGAUACAUUCAAGACGCAAAUAGCCACUGGUCCAAAAUUUCGUGAUUUUGUGAAGGAAUCCUCUAACAAAAAAACCCGUGCCAUCACUAAUGAUUUGAUUUGCAAUGACAAACAUGCCUAUCUCCCAGAGGACUCGGAAAUUGGGAAUUCCAGAACAGUGUGCUUUGAAACUUAUGGCUGUCAGAUGAAUGUCAAUGACACAGAGAUUGCCUGGUCCAUACUGCAGAAGAAAGGAUAUCAACGCACAAGUGAUGUUGCUGAGGCUGAUGUUGUCCUUUUGGUUACAUGCUCUAUAAGAGAAAAAGCAGAACAAACAAUCUGGAACAGACUACGGCAACUCACAGCCAUUAAGAAAAAACGCUCGAAGACCAGAGCCCCCAUGAAAAUUGGAGUUUUAGGCUGCAUGGCGGAGAGGCUGAAGACCGAGCUGCUGGAGAGGGAGAAGCUGGUGGAUGUCCUGGCCGGUCCGGACGCCUACCGCGACCUCCCGCGCCUCUUGUCUGUGGCUGGCGGCGGUCAGCAGGCUAGCAACGUGCUACUGUCUCUGGAGGAGACCUAUGCCGACGUAAUGCCGGUCCACCGCUCCCUUCACCGCCACGGCGCGUUUGUGUCCAUAAUGCGCGGCUGUGAUAACAUGUGCAGCUACUGCGUUGUCCCGUUCACACGAGGUCGAGAGAGGAGUCGCCCCGUCGCCUCCGUCCUGGAGGAAGUCCGUGUCCUGUCCGAGCAGGGAGUGAAAGAAGUGACCCUAUUGGGUCAGAAUGUGAACAGCUACAGGGACACGUCCGAGAGGCUGUUCUGCGGUCCGGAGCCAAGCCAGCUGAGCCGUGGAUUCCGGACUGUGUACCGAGCCCGGCCCGGGGGCCUGCGGUUUGCUGACCUGUUGGACAGGGUGUCCCUCGUAGACCCGGAGAUGAGAAUCAGGUUCACCUCCCCUCAUCCCAAGGACUUCCCAGACGAGGUGUUGCAGCUGAUCGCAGAGAGGGACAACGUCUGUAAGCAGAUCCACCUCCCGGCUCAGAGUGGCAGCAGCCGGGUCCUGGGGGCCAUGCGUCGGGGCUACACCCGCGAGGCCUACCUGGAGCUGGUGGAGAACGUCAAGAGGCUCGUCCCAGGGGUGAGCCUGAGCAGUGACUUCAUCGCGGGGUUCUGCGGGGAGACGGAGGAGGACCACCUGGAGACCUUGUCUCUGAUCCGGGAGGUGCGCUACAACGUGGGCUUCCUGUUCGCCUACAGCAUGAGGAACAAAACCCACGCGUUCCAUCGUCUUCAGGACGACGUGCCAGCCGAGCUAAAGCAGCGGCGGCUGGAGGAGCUCAUCGGCGUGUUCAGGGAGGAGGCCGCCAAGGUCAACGCCGCGCUUGUUGGCAGUACACAGCUCGUCCUAGUGGAGGGUGAGAGUAAGAGAUCAGACCAGGACCUGUAUGGCAGGAACGAUGGGAAUGUGAAGGUAAUCUUCCCUCGACGGGAAGGAUCUGGUCACAACACCGACAUGCCCACUGAUGCUGACGCUGCCCCCAUUAACCCUGGAGACUAUGUCCUGGUCAAGAUAACAUCAGCCAACUCUCAGAGUCUGAGAGGCCACGCCCUCUGCCACACGUCCCUGAGAGACAGAGCAAUACUAUUGUCGGAUCACUGUUAUGACGGACGGCUUGCUUCACCCUCACAGUGCCAAGCUUAGCAGUGCUAUACAGGCCUUUCCCAGGCAUCGCUUGUUGUAAAGUAGGACUUGAUAGACAAAGAUGUUACCUCAAACCCCAGAGACGAAAGACACAAGAUCUGAGUCAAAUGAAAAUCCGUUGUGAUUAAAUGUGUCCAUAAUGAAUUACAUAACUGGACAGAAGUGGGGUACUGAAAAGAGAGAUUGGAAGAUGUGAGCUUUUAAGAACAUGGUGGAUUUAAAGUGUUGUUGUGGAAUUAAAACCAAACCCAGGACACCUUAUUAACAAGCUGAGUUCUUAAAUAUGUUUUCAUGCAGCAUGGAGAGAUGUGUUGCUAGGCACGGAUCUCUACCUGAGUAAAGACACCUACAUAUAUAGGAAGCACGGGAGAUUAGAAAACAAAACGACUUUGUAAAUCCAACACUACGGUGUGUAUACUGUGUCAGAGCACAAGACCUUUAAAAGGAACACCAGGAUCUUUAUCUUACCAGUUACUCAUAAUAAACAGGGUGUUAGUAAAAUGUGGGCCCCAUAUAUUAAGACCUAUGGUCAUCCAUUGUAGUACAAUUUAUAGUCACCUAGAAGGAAAAACGAGGGACCAUCCCUGGGGUGAGUGGUUCUCAUGGACGGUCUAAUACAAUGUCAGACUGUGAUUCUAGAAGAUACAGCUCCGGAAAAAAUGAAGAGACCACUGCACUUUUU